AUGGAGGGAGAUCAACAAGGCUCUAAUAAUCUCACGUUUCCACCUGGUUUCAGAUUCCACCCUUCUGAUGAGGAACUCAUAGUUCAUUACUUGCAAAACAAAAUCAGUUCACGUCCACUUCCAGCAUCCAUUAUAGCUGAAAUAGAUCUGUACAAGUAUAAUCCGUGGGAGUUACCUAAGAAGUCUUUGUUUGGGGAGGAAGAAUGGUAUUUCUUUAGCCCCAGGGACAGAAAGUACCCUAAUGGAUUAAGGCCAAACAGAGCAGCAGCUUCAGGAUAUUGGAAGGCAACAGGAACUGACAAGCCAAUUCUCACUUCUUGUGGAUCAAAGCGCAUAGGCGUGAAGAAAGCUCUGGUAUUUUAUUCAGGUCGACCUCCUAAGGGGACUAAGACAGAUUGGAUCAUGAAUGAAUAUAGAUUGGUGGACACAACUAACAAACCCUCCACACUAAAAGGUUCCAUGAGGUUGGAUGACUGGGUACUAUGCCGGGUUCGACAUAAGGGUUACUCAUCCAAGAAUUUAUGUGAAAAUCAAGAGAAUCAUUGUGAACCAAACUUGCCAGCAAAUAUACCGAGGAGUGAAGAAUACCCAACAUACAUAAACUUGAGGCCUGACAUGGUCACGGAUUAUCAAUAUAGAGACUAUCAGAUCAUAGCCUCUAUUCUUGUUGGUGGACCUAUACCUCCCACUCAGAACAUGCCAUGUCUAGGCCUUAAGGAAAGCAAAGACAAGAAUAUAACUUCUGUUUACCAAGAUGGUUUCAACAAAGUGAAUUCUCAAACGACAACUCCUUCUUUGGACAGUUACUUCAACCCACUGAAAAGAAAAUCUAACGAGGAUGAUCAAUAUGAAAAUCUCAUUUCUUUUAACAGGAAGCUCAACAAUGAGAACAAAAUAGAGGUAUCUCCUAGCAAGGUCAUCAAUUUCCAAGAGCUAAACGAAUUAGCCUUUACAGGAAGGUAUCCUCAGUGAUGAAUUGACUAAAUAUAAGAUAGUCAACGAUCCUUUACUUCACAGGUAGAUUUUCAUGGAUUAUACAACUUAAGACGGAGAAGUAACCGGGAAGACGA